AAACUUUGACCUUCGAACUUGGUUCGACCAUAACUUUCAUGCCUGCGACACAUGUGGUCACUUUACCGGCUGCGCUGCCCUCUGGAACUGUGCUUAAGAAUGGGGCAGAACAGCACGCUCAGAUCAUGAAUCGGCGCGAGGGCCAGGUCUACGUGCACUACGUGGAUCGGGACAAACGCAUGGACGAGUGGAUUGACGAGAAUCUUUUUGUACCUGCCACGAACGAUUCCGCCAGUCGACGAAGCAACUCUGGCGACUCCCCGAGCCCCGACACACCAAUGGAUCGCGUCGAACGCACAGUUGUAAUGUCGGAGGAGGACUACGACUUGGAGCAUCAUAAGAAGAUCACGGCGCAGAGGAACAUCGACAAGGUCAACUAUGGGGAUUGGCAGAUUCGUACAUGGUAUUUCUCUCCAUACCCUCUUGCCGAACAUGAAGACCAAGAGCUCUCCGCACUCACGAACGCUGUGAACGGGCAUGCAAAUAACACCAACGUUCUUACGGCUGCCAGGAUCCCUCGUCAUGGCACUGUGCGCUCUCAUACUCGUGUCUUGGACCUCUUCGCGGGCGGCCAGACACGAUCAGAGACACCCCUGCUUUGGGUUUGCCAGUACUGCUUCAAAUAUAUGACGGAUGUCGCGUUGUAUGAGAAGCACAAAUGCAAUUUGAAGCAUCCACCAGGGCGCAAAGUCUACGCGCGUGGUGCUCACACUAUCUGGGAGGUCGACGGUGCUGUCCAUAAAUUGUAUUGUCAAAACCUUACGCUAUUUGGUAAACUGUUCAUCGACACGAAGACUCUUUUCUUCGACUGUGAUAAUUUUCUUUUCUACAUGAUGACGGAUGCCGAAUCCUCCACCAAGGACAAUGUUAUCGGCUUUUUUUCCAAAGAAAAGGCGUCCUACGACGACUACAACUUGGCUUGCAUCAUCACAUUACCGCCCUGGCAGCGUAAAGGCUAUGGGAUGCUCAUGAUUGAGUUCAGUUAUGAACUCUCGCGACGGGCCGGCAAAUUUGGCACUCCUGAGCGGCCCUUGUCAGAUCUUGGUCUACGCAGUUAUCUUGCGUAUUGGGUUGCGACUCUUAUUCGGUUCUUCAGACGUGUCCUCCAAGUGCUGCCCCCAAACACCAAGUAUGUGGGACCCCUGCGGGCGAUGUCCCGUGAAGUGGAUGAGGAGGAGGGCUCGCCGGCCAUCCCCAAUAGUGGAAACUCAGUGACACCGAGCGCUUCUACCGGUUUCAAGAGGAAAAGACGACCCAAAGGUUAUGGUGGCGAGGAACCAAAUUUCCUGGAGCCUUCCUCUUAUUCUGAGGAUGCGGACUUUGUGUCCCGGUUUCGUACGUUCGCCAUCACUCCGAAAGAGGACGGCAGCGCUACGAUGCACGUCGUUCUUCGAUGUACGUUGGAGGAUCUCGCUAAGGCCACCAACCUCCGAAUCGACGAUGCAGCCUUCGCGUUGAAUGAAGUCGGCUUUCUCGCGAUGCGGCUGUCAUAUGACGAUGAAGACCAGCUGAAGCAAUCCCUGAAGGCGGAGGCCACCAGCGACAGUGAGCCGACGGACAAAUUUGUCUAUAUAUCCAAGGAGAUUGUCGACCGCAUCGCUGCUGAGAGAAAAGUAAAACCACCAUGCCUGCAGAUCCAUUCGUUUUUGUCACAAUCAAAGGACUUGAUUCACACCACCACCAUGUCGGACGCCCAGUGGUCAUUCUCGCAGACCUUCGCAUCCCAGUUCCAGAAUGCUCGAACGGAAUUGGAAUCGCGGAUUGCAUCCGCCACGGCGGCCUCCGUCGAUGAUCUGUCGAUCGACCUGGCCAAGUUCACGAAGAUGCUCGGCGAGGCAGUGGGAUCAUUGCCGACGUACGAGCAGCGCCAAUACGAGUCGAAAAUUAAAGAACUCGAAAAGUCACUGCAACUUCUCCGCGAUAGCAGACCGAAAUCCAAAUUCGCAUUCAAGCGCAAGGCUGCGGUCGCAGGAACGCCAUCCCACUCAUCCGCUGUCCCCGUGCCCUCAUCGUCGCCUGCCCCCGUCGAAGCCGUCUCCACGACGUCCAGCAAUUCCAUCACCUCUCAGUCGCACAAAUAUAUCACCAAAUCGGCGCUCGCCUCUGCGUCGCAGAGCUCUGACCUGAUCGUCUCGGAGCUGAGCUGGUGUAUUGUCAACUUGUUAUCAGAAUCGACAGGCGAUGGGGGGUUCUCAGCCAUCCACGUACAGAAUCUGUCGGACACAAUAUUGCUAUUGCCUCUCGUCUCCGGAAGCGUGUUGGUCCAUGAUCUCACCAGAUGCAUUGUGGUGGUGGGCUCUCAUCAAUUUCGAAUGCAUUCCUCAAGCAACGUCGAUGUCUACUUGCACACUGCGACGCCUAUCAUAGAGCACUGCACCGGUAUUCGCUUUGCGCCAUAUCCUUCCUCAUUUGCGCCAGACUCUGUGGUACAUCCUCUCGCCGUCAAGGCCCUAUGGACCCAACCGCUGGCGACGGAUACAACGGACCGAAUACGGGAUAUAACGACGGCUAUGCAAGCAAUGCUGGCGGCGGAUAUUCAGACGCCGGAUAUAACGAUGCCGGAUAUGACGGCAACAACCACAGCGGUGCAACCGGCCAUGUUGGCGGCGGACGCCACCACCACAUGGGAGCUGGAACAGGCGCUGGAGUGGGCCCAGGUACUGGCGCUGGCUACACAGCACCGGAGCAGGCGCUGCCGGAAUGGGGGCAGGCAACCUGGCUGGCACCGGUAUGGGCGCCGGGGCAUCAGGUACUGCAACUGGUCGAACGCGCCACCCGCGACCGGUGGAGGUGCCAUGGUAGGCAAAAUGGAGCAUGCGCUCGGGACUCUCGUCGGCAGUCAGUCGCUCAAGGCCAAGGGCCUUCAGAAGGAGCAGGAAGCCAAGGCGUACAAAGUCCAGAGCAGCGAGCUGAAUCGGGCUGAAGCUCUCGAGCAAGAGGCGUUAGCUCGCCGGGAUCGUGCAGUCGGCUUUGGUGCUCAUCCUGACCACCGUCAUCUUGGGGGUCAAGCGCCCGGCGCAGGUGUGGGAGAUGCAUUCUCUGGAACAAAUGCAAACAACAACGGACGUUAUCUUUAAUCUAACGCGCUCUUAAUGUACGAACAAACCGUAAGAUAUAAUCCAUAGGUGGCUUUAAGCCAAUGUAACUUGUACAUCCACUGGAGCGCGCUCGCUAUUGAAUCGAAGCUUAACGCCUUCCUUACAUUU